UUUUGGACCCCGACUAGACCCUUCAUUACUCUGUCACACUCCACUAAUUACACUUCACUCCACUCCACUCCACUAGUCCACUUAAAUAUUUGACUUGACUUCUUCCCCAAAACGCCGUCGUUUCACCCAUCUUCUCCACCACCUUCAAAAAAUCAAAACCCCCCAAAUAUUUCCAUUCUUUAAAAAAUUUCACAAUUUUUUCCAAAAAAAAAAUGACAAUAAUUUUGUUCCUCUUAACUCUCUAUUCUCUGAGUUUUCUCCCUCAACUUAACUCGUCACCUGACUCAGUCACCAUUCUCCGACCAAACUCAACCAUUUUCAGCCCAAAUCGAACUUUCGAACUCGGAUUCUUCACCCCUAACCCAGAACUCGGCAACCUCUACCUCGGAAUCUGGUACUCUUCUCUUCCUACUCGAACCUACGUUUGGGUCGCUAAUCGUCAUACCCCUUUGAAAGACAAUACCUCUGCUUCACUUUCUCUCUCCUUUGACCAACUCACUCUCUUUGACUCAGUCAACUUCGUCGUUUGGCGCUCGGAUAAUCCCCUCCCUGGCUCCCACCUUCGUCUCCUUGAUUCCGGUAACCUUGUUCUUCUUUCUAAUUCGAACGACGUCGUUUGGCAGAGCUUCGACCACCCUUCUGACACGUGGCUACCUGGGAUGAACCUUACUGUUACUGGGUCCAUUGUUGCGUGGAAGUCGGAGUGGGACCCUUCUCCGGGGAGGUAUUCUCUGCGGUUCAGACCACCGCUUUACGGUGAGAUCGAGUUGGUGUAUAAUGAUACGGUGUCGUAUUGGAGUACUGGGAGAUGGACUGGGAGUUCCUUCGCGAAUGUUCCCGAGAUGACGGUGACGUACAUUUACAGGUUUUACUUCAAGAAUGAGUUUACUAAAACGGCGUCGUUUGGGUUCUCGGAGGUUCCGGCCGGGUCGGAGAGUGGGCCCCCUCCGUUGACGAGGUUCCAGGUCAGCCACACCGGGGAUCUCCAGCAGUACACGUGGUCACCACAGACGGAGUAUUGGAACUCGUUUUGGGCCCGGCCCGAAUCCAGGUGUCGGGUUUGUGGGCUUUGUGGGCCCAAUGGGGUUUGUUAUGGGGAGAAUUUGAGGACAUGUGAGUGCCCGAAUGGGUUCGGGCCAAAAGACGGGCUUGGAUGGGCCCGGGAGGAUUACUCGGGUGGGUGUGUGAGGUUGGAUGGUGGAGGUGAGGUUGGGGUUUGUGGGAUGGAUGAUGGGUUUGUGGAGAUGGGUAGUAUGAGUUUUGACGAGGCGAAAACGGUGUCGUUUCGAGGUGUGGAGAGUAAGGGGGAGUGUGAGAAGAGUUGUUUAGGUAAUUGUUCCUGUAUUGGGAUUAAUUACAAUGUGAAAAUUAAGUUGUGCAAGAAUUUGUUUGGUGUUCUUGUUAAUUUGAGAAAUUGGACUGCUGAUAGUACAAUGGGUGGUGAUGAUGAUGUGUUGUAUCUUAGAGUGGGAAAAAAUGGGUUGAAAAACAAGGGUUUGAGUCAUAGAAUGAUUAUUUUGAUUAGUGUAAUUUCUGGGUUAGUUGCAAUUUCAGUGAUUAUGUGUUUGGUUUUGUGGGUUAUUAGAAGGGAAGUUAGGAGGAGAAGGAAUGAGGAGGAAGAGGCAGCUUUAGCUGCUACCCAUUUGAGGGUUUUUUCAUAUAAGGAGCUCCACGGGGCGACUCGUGGGUUCUCGGAGAAGCUUGGGCAUGGCGGUUUUGGGACCGUGUUUCGUGGUACAUUGUCGGAUUCAUCACAUGUGGCGGUUAAAUGCCUUGAACGGCCGGGUAGUGGUGGAGAGAAAGAGUUUCGAGCUGAGGUUUGUACAAUUGGGAAUGUCCAGCAUGUGAAUUUGGUUAGAUUAAGGGGGUUUUGUUCUGAGAAUUCUCAUAGGUUGUUAGUUUAUGAAUACAUGCAUAAUGGUCCUUUGAGUAGUUAUUUGAAGAAAGAUGGUCAAAAUAUGAGUUGGGAUGUUAGAUUUAGAGUGGCAAUUGGAACAGCCAAAGCCUUGGCUUAUUUACAUGAAGAAUGUAGACAAUGUAUCAUUCAUUGUGAUAUUAAACCUGAGAAUAUCCUUCUUGAUUCGGAUUACACUGCAAAAGUUUCUGAUUUUGGGUUAGCAAAGUUAAUAGGCCGCGAUUUUAGUAGGGUGUUGGCGACAAUGAGGGGAACUUGGGGGUAUGUUGCUCCGGAGUGGAUAUCUGGAGUGGCAAUUACUAACAAGGCAGAUGUUUAUAGCUAUGGGAUGACAAUGUUGGAGCUUAUUGGGGGUAGAAGGAAUGUGGAAGCACCACCACCGUCACCACCUAAUACAUAUGGGUGUGAUGGGAAUCAAGGAACCCAUGGAAGCGGAGAUACAGGUAAUGGCGAUAAGUGGUUCUUCCCACCAUGGGCAGCUCGGAAAAUAAUCGAGGGGAACAUGGAAGAAGUGGUGGAUUCAAGGCUUGGUGUGGCAUAUGAUAGAUUAGAGGCGGAGAGGCUAGGGAUGGUGGCCGUGUGGUGCAUACAAGACGAGGAAGGGGCAAGGCCUUCGAUGGGAUUAGUUGUAAAGAUGUUAGAAGGGGUUGUAGAAGUAGGUGUUCCCCCUCCUCCUAAACUUCUUCAAGCCUUAGUAGCUGGGGAGUCGUCGGUUGGGAUAACUUCCGGAAAUGUAGUUUCAAACACUGGCGGUUUUGGCUCUGACGAUAACAAUACCAGAGUUUCUGUAGAUUCAGUAUCACCUCAUUCUCCCAGUAGUCCUAGUAAUGCUCUUCAUUAGCUACAAAUGUCAGUGUAUGAUACUUGUUACAGAAUUCUGUUAUCUAAUGAGUUUACAUAAGGCCAUCAA